ACACAAAAACAAUAACAAAUCGAUUCGCGAGGGCAAUGGGAAGGGGUCAACGAGAGGUAGGACGACGAAGAAGAGAGGCAGGGGGAGGGAGAUCGGGGUAGCUCUUAUGCAUGCACGAGGGUCGGUCCAAUGGUCAGGAAUCUCGCGAGUUCGUUCUGCGGCAGCACGUAUCCGGACGUAUUUCUCCGUACCCCGUCCGUGCCUCGUGAGGGAGAGUCCGCGUGCACGUUACACUCGUGUACCGCCGGUACUGCGUAACUUCCGGUCGACCGGUAAACCUCCAAGGAUCGGCUGUGCUUCUUCGUACACAUAGUAAUAGAAAAGCUCGGGGUGAAGCGUGCCCGGGCGAUGAUUUACCGUAAUGACGAUCGGCCUGAAUCGCGGUAGGCCACCGGACGGGCAUCCAUGGAAUAUGGGAUCUGGAGUUUUCACGCCGCGGGUGAACUUUGGGGUGACCCGCGUCUCGCCCGAAGGCACCCGAUUCUACCAUCAAGCGCGACACAGUUGCUGCCGAGGGCCGCGUUCGCCCUGAGCGGACUCCACCGACCGGAUAUGGUGCCGUUGCCGUUGACCUCUGCAGGGCCGCCCUACGGACCUAUGGAAUUGGUGACGAAAAGGGACGGUGAACGAGUCGCGGAGGAGAACGAGGAGAAGGAAGAGAAACAGGACGACGACGAAGGGAACACCGAUCGAGCCGACGAGAACGAUAAUCAGACUAGCGUACCGAAAGAAAAUGACGACAACGAAGACGCUGGAGACGAAAGCGACACCGGAAGUACGAACAGCUCGCAUCGCUCGGCCAACAAUAAUUUAUCCACGAAGCUGCUCGAUCCCAUGUCCUAUCUGACUUUCGACAAGGAUGGAACGGUUACACCGGUUCUUAAUGGCUGGGUCCUCGGCGCUUAUACCGCCAUGCUUGGAAGACUGUCAGCAGCGACCGCGGCUCUCGAAGCUACGGAAAUCCCCAACAUUCCGUCUGACAGCGACUCCGAGAGCGAGCAUUCGUCUUACACCGAGAAAUCUCGAGGUAGCAGUCCGAACGUAAGCAACGCGCAUCGCGGUUAUUCCUGUGGUUCCUGUGACGUGGUGGCACCAACGAGGCCAGCUCUGCGAAAGCAUAUCGUCGAUUGUCAUCCACCGGUACCCAGCGCGGAAACCGGAGAAACGAAAAGUUGUCCGUCCUCGGGCUGUGACUUCACCACGAACAGCAGAUGUGAGAUGGAGACUCAUGUAGCUGCACACGUGGCACAGGGUAUGACGCCCACAGGGAAGAAGCGUACACUGGCUUUGCAACGCGUCAGGUAUAGAUAUGAAAGGGAGGAGUAUCGGUGCUCGUUAUGCUCGUACGCGUGCACCAUCGAGAAAGCGUUCCAGAGGCAUUUGAGGGCACACGCGAAAGGCACGGCGCCGGAAACGAGGGUGAGCUGCGCUGUGUGCGGCGCGGACAGAUCGUCGGAAGUAGAUCUGAGCAGACACAUGAGAAGGCAUCGCGACGACCGAUACUUUUGCUGCGACAUUUGCAUCUUUCGCACGGUACAGUUAAAAAAGCUCAUCCAACACCGACGAAUGCACACGGGCGAGAAGCCACACCUUUGUCCACACUGUGCGUACCGAAGUGCACGCCGUGACAAUCUGCGUAGCCACGUUAGACGAGUGCACAAGAAGGAGAAUUUAUAUUGCGACACGUUCAGUCCACGCGGUAUGCUGUUGACACCCACUGUCAUCGGAAGGGACAGUCCUCUGGUGCAGAGCCCGGAAUCCUCGCCGUCGUCCAACUCGGAAUCCACGAACUAGCGAAGCAACACGCGACAGGAAGCUUGAAGAGGAACGUGGAAGUUGUGGCCGGGGAUCGAGCGGUUCGUCGUUGUUUUACACGUCCUAACUUUGUCAAUACUGCGACUUAUAGAUUUUAGAAUCGCGGAGGAGAUUUUACAUCGGCAACGAAGAUCGUGUCAUCGCUGUACGAGCUGCUUGGAAAAUCGACGUGUUUGAUCGUUUUGAAGAUGUUGUAAAAUUAUUAGCAUCGAUACGCUAUCUUAAAGGUACAUAAAACGAGGAUAGAUAGCCUUGGAAUGUAUAAUUUAACGAAAUUUGAUGAUCGGCAAAGCGUGGAAUUAAUUUAGAUUUAUUUUUGAAAUUUAGUUAAAUUUAAGCGAAAGCGAACGAUAGAGGAAAUUACGCGUACAAGGAGCUUUAAAUACGCGAGAUUAUGAAUUUCAAGCGAGACUAGCGACGGUGAAAAUAGUCAGAAGUUGUAACAGUAAUUUCGAAAGGAUUGCAACUCGGUUUUUAGCUCCGCUAUACGAAUUAUAUGCCUACGAUCCUGAUAAUAGACUAUAAUAAGAAGUAUACGAGUAAUAGUAAUAAAGACUCAACUAAGGAGAGUGUGUGCAACUUCUGGCUAAUCACGAUCGACCUUGCCCUUAGUACGUAGGAAUUAUGUAGAGAAUUGCAUGCGAACGUCGAUAAUUCAAUCUAGUCUUUGAAUUCUAACGUGAUCUUAUUAUUAGCUGAUUUAAUUAUCAAAGUCUGUUCGUUGAUCAGAACGUUGAUGAACGAAACUAAAGCUGCGCAAUGGUGCUAGAGUCGUAGACUGGAUUAUAGAGGAAGACUGAAGUAGAUGCUUUCACGGUGUGAUAUUCGUCCUUUGUUUCCCUUUACGCCGUGAUUUAAAUGUACUCGAAUCAGCGAUUAUUAAGACUGCUGUCCUGAUGGCCGAGAGAUUCUCAGAUAUUACAGAUCGAUACGUCUUACGAUUAAUCGAUUAACGAUUAGAUAAACGAUUAGGUAAAAUUCGAAAAGAAAGAAACACGUAAAUUUAGCGAAAAUCAACUUUAUAUGUAAUUGGACGAAUUUCAUGCGAAGAUCAUAGGCGAGGGACACGAUAAGCGUACCAUUUGUUGAUUUUCUAAUUUUCACGUCAUUUUAUGAUCUUUCAUAUUUGUGUCGAACGGAAGAAUUUUAACGUGCCAUAGCUGAGAAUGAAAACAACCAGUUAGGUUCAAAGAUUAGUAAGUUUUUUAAAACGAACUAAUAAGUCGGUGAAGUUUUGUGAAAGAUAUAAGUAUCGAGACAAGCGAUAUUUUAAUAUGAUAUAGACAAAUUUCGAAGAGAAUGGAAACCGACUUCUUUUUAAAACUGUUCUCUCGCAAAGAGUAGGAAAUGCUACUUAUCAUCUUGCUCGCCUAUAGUCCUCGUACUCGAACGUGUAAUUCACCGAAUUAAAUUUGUUACGGGAAUUAAACGUAUCGAUAACACUUAUUUACGUAAUACGAAAUCUCUGGUCUGUAGGAAAGGUGCUAUUUUGCGAAGAUAAUUUUACCGUCGCGUCCUUCCAUAUUUAAGCUUCGACUAUAAUUAUAAUUGUCCAGCCGUCUAAUUACGAUCGUUGACGGUAUCAUUGACAAUGAUAUACAUUGUUAUUCUUAUUAUUACGUAUCAUUACACAUGCUAUUAUUACUGUUUAGCAUAACACGAACGCGGUACUAUUCUUACGGGGUAAUGGAAAUCGCAACGAUACGUUACUAUGUAAUAGCGUGUAUACGGUGUGUUCGUUAAUUGAGGAAAGAGCAGUCCGUGGUAAAUUUUAUCGAAUUUUUCAUAUAGAUAACGAUAAGUGACGUGAAAGUCUUCUGUUGGCGGUCGAUGAUAUAAUAUACGUUCGCUUUAAAUAACUUAGGUAAAAAGAGAAAAAAGCAAAAAACGAAGAAAAAAUAUGCAACAACAGCGUUGUUUAACUUUUUCUCACGUGUUAGAUAAAAGGAAAAAAAAAAAUAGCUAAGGAAUCGUACAAGCGUGUGCAUCGAGCACAGAGUGCAGGACUUUCCAACGAAACUACAAUACGCAAGCAAACUUCUUAUGUGUCUCAAGUAUAACUCUUAAGUCGAAAGCUAUAGUAGUUCGAAAUGCAAACUAUUAAACGAUUGUCGUCUGUAAUAAGCAAAUUCACCGACGUUCUCCCGAGAGGGAACAUCGGUUUUACUCUGUCCUCACUUGACGCCUAUGGAAAUUAUUAUUAAAAUAUUGCAAAUUUUUUCUCUCUUUAGGAUCGAACACCGUCCCCGAAAUGAAACGAUUCGAUUUGUCUGUCGUGCAUUUUCUGCGAGAAAGAAAAAAGCAGAGAAAAGGGGGAGGCGAUAAGGCGAAGCCCAA